GCGUGCGUGUGCAGAAAUGCGCCUGCAGUUGGUUCGUGUGUGCAAUGAAUAUGUUUAUGCUGCGCACGUCUGUAGUUGGCGGGUGUGUGUAAUGAAUGGUUUUGUCCGCACGCUUGCACUUGUAUUGGCUGGUGUGUGCGAUGAAUGUAUUUCUUCGCCUGUACACGCUUGUAGUUGGCGGGUAUGUACAAUGAAUGUCCCUGUGCGCACGCCUGCGCAAGCCUAUAGUUGGUUGGCGUGUGCAGUGAAAAACCCCCCUCAGAUUUCGGAAGAACUACAGUGAAGCGCUGAAUCUUCGAAGAAAUAUCCGCAAUGCACAUCCAGGCAUCCAAGAAAUAUAGCGAUGGCCAAGGCUGAGAGACAGACUUAAGGCCAAACUGAAGACUUCGAUAUAGGCGCUGCCCAAUACACACAAGAAAGAAGCGAGACGAAAGCAUAAGCUCGAAGCAGCCAAACUUCCAGGGUGGUAAGCCCACAGUUUUUUGGUACAGAGGGACGAAUGAAAGUGGGAGCACGAUACAGCUUACAGCUGCAUUUUCCUUCUUGAGAUCUAGAGGUGUAGCGAUAGGAUUUGGCAAGGCAGAAAGUCAGCCAAAGAUCGAAGGGUGUAAUCCCAGAACCCACAGGCAUAGCGGCGCAGGUCCGAAGGCAAUGGCACAGCGGCCUAAGUUCGAAGACUGCAAGCCCAGAACCCAAUGGUACAGAGGGAUAAAUGCUAGAGACUAUAAUAUGCCUCUACUGUCCUUCCGGGGAUUUGGGGGAAGGGGAGUGGGGAAGGGGAGCGAGGGGUAAAGUGGAGAGGAGGUGUAAUGAACGAAGGAGGUCCUGUGAUGACCCUGUAGCCCUGUGGCGUAGCAUUCAUGGUCAUAUAUAUUCAUGUAUAUAUUGAAAUAUCCCUGUAUAUGCCAUAUUCACCAUCCAUUGCUUGAUAUUCUAGUGCACACGUUGUCCUUACUCAGUGGAACACUUCCAUAGGACUGCACCGGGACCAUUUCUCGGAUUUGCUGAGCCCGCCAUUGUAUGGGAAGCGAGAAUUCGAGUCGUCUGGAGGUCCAAUUACGAUCGAUCGAAAGACGCUGCUGCUGCUCAGACGCAGAUGGUCCUGUUAAAAGGAGAACGAACGGACGAAUGCAGAUCCAUUUUGCCAUCAGUAAGAAUUCGAAACGAGAGCGGGGGGAUAAUGUCGAUGACCGUUCUAGUCAGGACGAUGCUGCGCCUCAAGUCAAGGACCCCGGGGGAGCGAUUCACGCGCAGAGCGAAUGGCCUCACCGCCUCACACAAUGUCCCAGGUCCACACGCGGGUCCCCGGUAAUUUGUGACCGCUCCGGCUACCAAUGAGCUACAGCAGCAGCAGUUUCACGCAAUGCCCUAUGCAGCCCGACGGCCUGGUCCCAUGUUAGCAAAACACGCAACAUGCAACAUGCAACAUGGAACAUGCAACACGCAACAUGCAAGGGGCAGAAGCAGGCAGGCAGAUCUGGAAAGGCGCUGCGGGAGACGGCAACAUAUAGGUGCCGCUUUGCGAUCGACUUCGCUCAUAUGACUCACCUAGCUCUUGGACGCCUGAAGAGACAUCAUGGCGAGGUUCUUGCGCUUUGUCCCUGCCAGUCUUCGGGUCUUGGCUCCUGCGGCUACAACAACAGCACAGAGCCUGCUAAGUGGCAUCGGAUGGCGAAGAAGCGACUAUGCCACGCCCUGAAUGUGUCAACCAACGGCGUUCGUCUCCAUACCCCGCGACCAGCUCGCCAGGUGCAUGAGGCGGGCCCCUAAUGAGUCGGCGGGCGAAGAAGGGGGAAAAGAGAGAGUCCGACUGCAAGAAUGGAGUCAGAUGAUGCACGAGAAGAAGGGAGAGAAGAGGAGAGAUGAGCAUACCUUUCGAGCUGUCAAAGAGCCUCGUGCGCCACGAGAGGGCGUCAUCAAGAAGACUACCCAGGCGACGAACCCCAACGACUACACUCUUGGCCGUGCCAAGGGGACAGUGAUCAGCAGCCUCAAGCGGAAAAUAUUUGUAGAUGCCUUGGAGGAAUCAAGUCGCCGUAAGUACAACGCCCUGAAGCAGCUGGAUCCGACGCA